AUGGCCCUAUUGAUGAGUCCCACGUUAUUUCUCCGGAACGUAGAGAAAAAUAUCCGAAUCCUCAAGGGGGGCAAAACAGCGGCAAAAGAUCCUUCAAGAAGUUCAAGUAUCGGUGUCAACGGUGUCAAAAAACUUUGUUUCUGA